AUGCUACACUUCAGCGAUAAUUCUGAAGUAACCGAAGAUAGGCUUCAGAAACUUACACCACUUGUUCUGAAACUCAAAGAAGUCUUCCAACGAAUAUACGUUCCAGGAGAAUAUGUGUGCAUCGACGAAACAUUGGUGCCAUUCCAGGGACGGCUCAAGUUCAAACAAUACAUUGCCAAUAAAAGACACAAAUUUGGCAUAAAGGUAUUCAAGUUGUGCCUAGAGGGCGGUUACACCUACGACUUCAAAAUAUACUGCGGUAAGGAGCAGACAGAGGGAGGUGGCGUUCCAAAUAGCGUUGUUUUGAACUUGAUGAAAGAUUUACUUCAUAAAGGGAGAACUCUUUGCACUGAUAACUAUUACACCGCAGUAACUCUUGCUCACGAACUACUACGCCGUGAAACUCAUUUGAUUGGAACGUUACGAACAAACAGAAAAUUCAAUCCCAAGAAUGUUAUAACGAAAAAACUCAAACUUGGGGAAACCAUCGCUGAAGAAAGCAAUUCAGGAAUAGUAGUACAAAAAUGGAAGGAUAAGAGAGACGUGCUGACAUUGAGCACGAAAUAUACCGAUGAAAUGGUGACCGUGCAGAGAAGACGAGGUGAAGUCUGCAAACCAAAAAAUGUUAUCGAAUAUAACAAGUUCAAAGCCUUCAUUGAUAUCGCCGAUCAAAAAAAAAGUUACAAUUCCUCACUACGUAAAACAUUGAAGUGGUAUAAAAAACUUGCCAUUGAACUUUUGACUGACACUGCUUUCAUCAAUGCUUACAUCGCUUAUAGAGACAUCGCCAAUGAGCCCAUGUCUAUAACAAAAUUCAGAGAAUCAGUAAUAUUUGGUCUUCUGCAACUUGAAGAACAUGAACAUGAAGUUGUCUCUGGACCGCCAGGCCGCGCAAUUUCGAACUCCAUUGAUUUCAUAUUGCAGUGA